UCCGCCCAAACAGUUGUCGGGUGAUUUAAAGAUUUGUUGCGGGAACACUGGACUCAUUGUUACCGUCCCCUCACCACUGUCUCGCGCGCCGCUGCCUGAAACCACCUGCGCUCAAAUGGCUCUCAAUCUUAACGUCGACGAGGCUCGAAGCGGCGAAGAUAACACAACACCUGUUGACGAUGCUCGUUGUCUUUCAAAUGGUGACGAGAAUACAACUCAAAGUCAGCUUGUUACACCAUCAGGUGUCCCGUCGUCGUGUGCACCUGAUAAAUCAGCGGCUCCGGAUAACCUCAAACCGGUGGUAUCAGUACCUUUGAGUGGCAGUAACAGUGGGUCUGAACCGGUGACGCCGGGGGAUUCACUCCAGGCUAUAACAACCCAGAGUCUUGAGCCCAAGUCCAGUGGAUGCAACACGUCUGCCUUGAGAUGUGGGGAAAAGCGGGAGAGGGAAUCAGACGACCCCUCUGAAGUUCCUGUGAAACGCCGCUUGAGACCAUCAGAGGAUAACGGGAAAGAAUGUUCACCAGAUUACGACCAGAGAUGUGCGGAGCUAUGGAUCGAUGGUGAAAUGGCUGCUUGUGAGGCUUAUGAAUUAUCAAAGUCCAGCAGCGACACCCAGCGCCGACAUGUUGUUCCACAACACGACAAUAACAGUUCUGUCAGUCGGCCUCCCACACAGAAGGACUUUGCACGUGCUGUUCGAGCCGAAGUGGCAGCCUGUUUUCAACCCCUCACAAAGUUGAUUAGUUUGAGUAUUGAGUGGAGCAGAACUGAUUUCGCUGAGGUGAUAAGUAGACUUCGUGCACUGCAGAGGGAUACCACAGAGUUGGGAAGUGAAAUCCGUAAUAUGCGAGCAGAUAAAAGACAGGCGUUAGAUGAAAUCUCUCUUAUGGAAGAAAGAAUGAGCGUCAUUCAAAGGUGUGUGUUAGAGACGCACCAAAUUAUGAAUACUACUAGAAAAUGAUGGGUCUGUUUAUCAUAGCAUACUGAUUUUGGUUCAACCCUAUUUCUGCUAAACUUUUCUUCUUUUAUAAUAUAAAAAACU